AUGUCUCUGCACGCAGUGACAGUUGCCUCGGCUGUCACUUAUCAAGGAAGUCUCAGCAAAUCUCUUUGCCCCUUGUCCGAGGGUGGGAACCGGGAACGCCUUCCCCGCGGGCCCCGUUCGCAGCGCGCAGCUAGCUGGCCCUCGGCCGGGCGCUGUCAGUUCCUGCUCGGGCGCUGCCCGCUCCAGCCGCCGCAGGUUUUCCGGGCGCGCGAAGCCGUCCCGACGCCCCGGGCUCGCGGCACGUGGGCGGAGACACGGACCCGCCGCCGGCACCCCAGGGGCAGCGAGCCGAGCGAGGAUCCUGCGGGUGGGACCCGGAGCCCCGGUGCUGCGCGCGGAGGGAUGGCGUCGGCCCCGAGCGCUCCGGGCUGGGCACCGCGGCCCGUCCGGCUGCUGCUGUUGCAGCUGUUGCUCCUGCUGCUGCUAUUGCCGCCGCCCCCCGUCGUGUCCCCGGCCGCGACCCCGCGCAGCCUGAGUCCGCCCUACUUCAACCUGGCCGAGGUGGCUCGCAUUUGGGCCACCGCCACCUGCGGGGAGCGGGAGCCAAGCGGCACGCGGCCCCGGCCCGAACUCUACUGCAAGUUGGUGGGGGGACCCACCGCUCCUGGCAGCGGCCACACUAUACAGGGACAAUUCUGUGAUUAUUGCAAUUCUGAGGACCCCAGGAAAGCACAUCCAGCCAGCAAUGCAAUUGAUGGAUCUGAAAGUUGGUGGCAAAGCCCUCCUCUCUCCUCGGGCACAAUGUACAACAAAGUCAAUGUCACCUUGGAUCUUGGGCAGCUCUUCCAUGUGGCAUAUAUUUUAAUCAAAUUUGCAAAUUCUCCUCGUCCUGGUCUUUGGGUCUUAGAACGAUCUGUUGACUUUGGAAGCACCUACUCACCUUGGCAAUAUUUUGCCCAUUCUAGAUUAGACUGUCUGGAACAAUUUGGGAAACAGGCAAAUAUGGCCAUCAACAGAGAUGAUGAUGUACUUUGUACUACUGAAUAUUCACGAAUUGUCCCUUUAGAAAAUGGUGAGGUUGUGGUGUCCUUGAUAAAUGGCCGCCCAGGUGCAAAAAAUUUUACCUUCUCUUACACCCUGAGGGAAUUCACCAAGGCAACAAAUAUUCGCCUGCGUUUUCUCCGAACCAACACGCUCCUUGGACACCUCAUCUCUAAAGCACAGAGGGACCCAACUGUCACCCGUCGAUAUUAUUACAGCAUAAAGGACAUUAGCAUUGGUGGGCAGUGUGUUUGCAAUGGCCAUGCUGAGGUGUGCAACGCAAAUAAUCCUGAAAAACAGUUUCGGUGUGAAUGCCGGCACCAUACAUGUGGGGAGACAUGCAGUCACUGUUGUUCAGGGUACAAUCAGAAACUCUGGCAGCCUGCAAUGCGGGGAGAGAGCCAUGAGUGUGAAGCAUGUAAUUGUCAUGGUCAUGCCAUGGAUUGUUACUAUGAUCCAAAUGUUGAGAGGCUACAGGCAAGUUUGAAUAUCCAGGGCAUCUAUGCUGGUGGAGGAGUCUGCAUUAACUGUCAGCACAACACAGCUGGUGUAAACUGUGAGAAAUGUGCUAAAGGCUAUUACCGCCCAUUUGGAGUUCCAGUUGAUGCCCCCGAUGGCUGUAUUCCUUGUAGUUGUAACCCUGAACAUGCAGAGGAUUGUGAGCAGGGCUCAGGCCGCUGCAACUGCAAGCCAAAUUACAGUGGAGACAACUGUGAGAAGUGUGCGGCUGGAUACUACCAUUUCCCUGCAUGCUUGAGAAUUCCCAUUGCAUCUAUUUCUACUCCAAAACCAGAAGAUCCAAUAGCUGGAGAUAUAAAAGGCUGUGACUGUGAGCUGGAAGGAGUACUCCCAGAAAUCUGCGAUACCCAGGGACGGUGCCUGUGCCGCCCUGGGGUGGAGGGCCCCCGGUGUGACUCCUGCCGCUCAGAUGCCUACUCUUUCCCCAUUUGCCAAGCUUGUCAGUGCUCUGCGCUUGGCUCCUACCAAACUCCCUGCGACCCAGUGAGUGGUCAGUGCGCCUGCCGCCCAGGGAUUACAGGGCGGCGCUGUGACCGCUGUCUCUCAGGAGCCUUAGAUUUUCCCCACUGCCAAGACUCUGACAGUGACUGUGACCCCGCGGGUACUCUCAACUCCAGCCUGGGAUACUGCCAGUGUAAGCUUCAUGUAGAAGGUCCUACAUGUAGCAUCUGCAAACCAUUAUAUUGGAACCUUGCCCUAGAUGACCCCAGUGGAUGCUCAGACUGCCAGUGCCAUGCUGCAGGAACAGUAAGCGGAAUUGGAGAGUGUGGGCAGCGGGAUGGUGACUGUAGCUGCAAGUUCCACGUGAGUGGUGAUGCCUGUGACACGUGUGAGGAUGGCUACUUCUUUCUGACCGAAGACAGUUACUUUGGGUGUCAAGGUUGUCAGUGUGACAUUGGUGGAUCCAUCAGCCCUGUGUGCAGUGGGCCCUCAGGAGAGUGUCAGUGCCGAGAACACAUUGUGGGGAAAGCCUGCCAGCGACCUGAAAACAAUUACUAUUUCCCUGAUCUGCAUCAUAUGAAGUAUGAGAUUGAAGGUGGCAGCACACCAAAUGGAAGGGAGCUUCGAUUUGGGUUUGACCCCCUGGAGUUUCCUGAGUUCAGCUGGAGAGGCUAUGCUCAGAUGACCUCACUGCAGAAUGAAGUGAAGAUCCUGUUGAAUGUAGGGGAAUCAAGUCUUUCUUUAUUUCGUGUUAUUCUGAGAUAUGCUAACCCAGGCACUCAAGCAGUUUCUGGACAUAUAAUUAUUUAUCCAGCCUCAUCUACAGAAGGUGAUUCUCAAAGCAAAGAGAUCAUCUUCCUGCCAAGUAAGGAGCCAGCCUUUGUCACCAUCCCUGGAAAUGGUUUUGUAGACCCAUUUUUGAUGGCACCAGGAACAUGGUUUGCUUGUAUCAAGACCGAGGGAGUUCUCUUGGACUACCUGGUACUGCUCCCUCGGGAUUACUAUGAUGCACCUUCCUUAAAAUUGCCCAUCACCGAACCCUGUUCUGACAUAGGGCAUCCUGAAGAAAAUUGCUUGCUUUACCAGCAUUUACCGGUGACCCGAUUCCCCUGUGCCACAGCUUGUGAUGCCAGAUACUUCCUGCUUGAUGGGGAGCCCAGCCCCCUGGCAGUGAGGCAGCCCAGCCCAGCACACCCUGUCCUGGUUGACUUCCAGGGGAAAGAGGUACAGCUCCACUUGCAGCUCUGGGUCCCACAAGUUGGUCGCUAUGUGAUCGUGGUUGAAUAUGCCUCAGAAGCAGACCAAGCAACUGUGGCUGAUAUAGAUGUGGUGAGCUCUGGCUCUGUUGUGACAGGCCAGGUGACCAUCUACAGCUGCAAGUACAGCGUCCUGUGCCGCAGCGCUGUGACGGACGGUCAGCGCCGUUUGGCUGUGUAUGACCUAUUGGCAGAUACGGACAUUCAACUCAAAGCGCACAGGGCCAACUUCCUUCUGCAUCAGAUUUGUUUCAUACCUACUGAAGAAUUCUCAACUGAAUAUUUGAGCCCUCAAGUCAAAUGCAUUGCAAGUUAUGGGCAAAUUGCUGAUAAUCAGAGUGCUGCUUGUGUCUCCCUGGCCCCUGAAACUCCUCCAACAGCUUCAGUUAUAAAUGUCCUGAGCGGUGAGUCCUCACCUCCCCAACCUCAGAAUCCUUCACCUGCUGCCGAUGUUAUCACUGGCGUGACCUUGAAGGCCCCUCAGAGCCAAAGGACCAUGAAAGAACUUGUACCUCAUCCAGGAAGAUAUGUCUUUGUUAUCCAUUAUUGUCAGCCUGAGCACCCCACAUUUUCUGCUCAAGUGUUUGUGGAUGGAGGGGAACUGCGGCCAGGUGACUUUCGUGCUUCUUUUUGCCCCCAUGUGUUGGGCUGCCAAGACCAAGUUAUCUCAGAAAAUCAAGUUGAAUUUGAUGUCUCAGAACCUGAGGUGGCUGUGACAGUGAAGAUUCCAGAAGGAAAAUCCUUAGUGUUGGUCCGAAUUCUAGUGGUGCCUGCAGAAAACUACAACUACCAAAUCCUUCAUAAGAAGUCCCUGGAUAAGUCAUCUGAGUUCAUCACCAACUGUGGGGGAAACAGUUUUUAUAUCGACCCCCAAACAGCCUCCCAGUUUUGCAAGACUUCUGCCACAUCAUUGGUGGCCCUUUACCACAAGGGUGCACUGCCUUGUGAGUGCCACCCAGCUGGGGCCAUUGGCCACCACUGCAGCCCCAAUGGUGGACAGUGCCCCUGCCGACCUGGUGUCACAGGGCAGAAAUGCAGCCGCUGUCAGGUGGGCUACUUCGGAUUCCCACACUGCAAACCAUGCAGCUGUGGUGGACGCCUCUGUGAUGAGAUGUCCGGGAGGUGCCUUUGCCCGCCCCACACAGUCAGGCCCCAGUGUGAUGUGUGUGAGCCCAACUUCUUCAGCUUCCACCCCUUGACGGGCUGUGAAAUAUGUAACUGUUCCAAGAUGGGCACCCUAGGGACUGAAAGCCCAGAGUGUGACAGCCAGCAUGGGCAGUGCAGAUGCAAGCCCAGGGUCACAGGGCGGCAGUGUGACCGAUGUGCCAGUGGAUUUUACCGCUUCCCUGAGUGCCUUCCCUGUCUGUGCAACAAGGAUGGUACGACAUCACAGAUUUGUGACCCAGAUACGGGAGCUUGCCUCUGCAAAGAAAAUGUGGAAGGUCCAGAAUGCAGUGUGUGUCGAAAAGGAUCAUUCCAUUUAGAACCAUCAAAUCCUAAGGGCUGUACCAACUGCUUUUGUUUUAGAGUAAAUAAUCUCUGUCAGAGUACAAAUAAGAGAAGAACUAAGUUUGUGGAUAUGGUGGGCUGGCACCUCGAGACAGCAGAUGGGGGCCACAUCCCUGUAUCAUUCAACCCAGGCAGCCGAAGUGUGGUAGCAGAUAUCCAGGAGCUGCCUGCAACAGAGCACAGUGCCUUCUGGGUGGCACCGCCUUCCUACCUGGGGGACAAGGUUUCUUCAUAUGGUGGAUACCUCACCUACCAAAUCAAGUCCUUUGGCCUCCCCGGUGAUAUGGUUCUUCUGGGAAAGGAGCCAGAUGUACACCUCACUGGUCAGCACAUGUCCAUCAUCUAUGAGGAUUCAAAUAGCCCCCGGCCAGAUCGACUUCAUCAGGGCCGUGUGCAGCUGGUGGAGAGGAACUUCAGACACACCAGCAGCGGUGCCCCUGUGUCAAGGGAAGAGUUGAUGACUCUGCUGUCUAGACUGGAAGGUGUGCGCCUGAGAGGCCUUUACUUCACUGAGACGCAGCGACUCACCCUGGGCGAGGUGGGGCUGGAGGAAGCUUCUGACUCGGGAAGUGGACGCCGAGCGCAUCAUGUGGAGAAGUGUGCCUGCCCCCCUAACUACCAGGGUGACUCAUGCCAGGGUUGCAGCCCUGGAUAUUACUGGGAUAACAAUGGAUUAUAUCCUGGACGCUGUGUUCCCUGCAGUUGCAACGGACACUCAACUCGAUGCCAAGACGGCUCAGGAAUAUGUAUCAACUGCCAACAUAAUACCGCUGGUGACCACUGUGAGCGCUGCAAAGACGGUUACUAUGGGAGUGCCCUGCAUGGGUCCUGUCAGGUCUGUCCAUGUCCUCAUUCAAACAGUUUUGCCACUGGCUGUGUUGUGACUGGGGGAAAUGUGAAGUGCUCCUGCAAACCUGGAUACACAGGAACACAGUGUGAAAGGUGUGCACCGGGAUAUUUUGGGAAUCCCCAGAAAUUUGGAGGUAGUUGCCAACCAUGCAAUUGCAAUAACAAUGGCCAGUUGAGCAGUUGUGACCCCAUAACAGGAGAGUGCAUGAACCAAGAACCCAAAGACAGUGGCCCUGGAGAAGAAUGUGAUGAUUGUGACAGCUGUGUGAUGACACUCCUGAAUGACCUGGCCAGCAUGAGCAAUGAGCUUCACUUGGUCAAGUCCCAGCUGCAGGGAUUUAGUGCCAGUGCGGAUACUCUGGAGCAGAUGAGGCACUUAGAGACCCAGACUAAGGAUCUGAGGAAUCAGUUGCUCAACUAUCGUUCUGCCAUUUCAAAUCAUGGUUCAAAAGUGGAUGGCCUAGAAAAAGAACUGAGUAGCUUGAAUCAUGAAUUUGAGACUUUGCAAGAAAAGGUUCAAAUAAAUUCCAGAAGAGCACAAACAUUAAAUAACAAUGUUGACCAGACAAUGAAAAGUGCUGAAGAACUGGAUGCCAAACUUAAAACUGUCACCAGUAAUGUGAACAUUCUUUUGAAGCAGAUCUCUGGGACUGAUGGGGAAGGUAACAAUGUCCCUUCAGGAGAUUUCUCGAGAGAGCUGGCAGAAGCUGAACGGAUAAUGAGAGAGCUGAGGAGCCGAGACUUUGGAAAGCAACUGAGAGAAGCAGAAGCAGAAAGAAGAGAGGCUCAGCUUUUGCUGAAUCGAAUCAGGAACUGGCUGGAAAGCCACCAUGGGGAGAACAGUGGACUGGUCAAGAGCAUCCGGGAUUCUUUAAAUGACUAUGAAGCCAAAGUCAAUGACCUGCGUGCCAUGGUACAGGAAGCAGCAGCCCAAACCAAGCAGGCCAGUGGCCUCAACCAGAAAAAUGAGAAGGCUUUGGAGUCCAUUAGGAGACAAGUUAAAGAGAUGAAUUCCCUGCAGAGUGAUUUCACUAAGUAUAUAACAAAUGCAGAUGCAUCCUUACAGCAAACCAGAAUGCUGCUACAGCAGAUGGGGAAAAGCCAUGAGGGCUAUAAAAUGUUAGCUGCCACUUUAAAUGAAGCAAGACAAGAACUAAGUAACAAAGUGAGAGAACUUUCCAAAGCUGCUAGCAAAACGUCUCUGGUCGUGGAGGCAGAAAAGCAUGCCCAGUCAUUGCAAGAGCUGGCAAAGCAGCUGGAGGAGAUCAAAAGGAAUGCCAGUAAGGAUGAGCUGGUGCGUGGUGCUAUAGAGGCUGCCACUGCCUACGAUAAUAUCAUCAAUGCUAUCAAAGCUGCUGAGGACGCCGCUGACAGAGCCUCCAGUGCCUCAGAGUCUGCCCUCCAGACACUGACAAAUGAAGAUCUUCCUCGAAAAGCUAAAACCCUGAGUUCUGACAGUGAUAGACUAUUAAAGGAAUCCAAGAUAACACAGAAGAAGCUACAACAGGAAAUCAGUCCAGCUCUCAACAACCUACAUCAAACUCUGAAAAUCGUGACAGUUCAGAAAGAACUGAUAGAAACCAAUCUCACAGCCAUCCAUGAUGAUCUCCGUGGGAUAGAGAGAGAUGAUAUUGAUGGCAUGAUCAGUAGUGCAAAGAGCCUGGUCAAAAAUGCCAAUGACAUCACAGAUGGGGUUCUGGAUGAACUCAAUCCCAUUCAGACAGAUGUGAAAAGAAUAAAAGACACCUACGAGAAUGCACAGAGUGAAGACUUCAGCAAAGCCCUCACAGAUGCAGAUAACUCAGUAAAGAAAUUAACCAACAAGCUGCCUGAUCUUUUGAGCAAGAUUGAAAGUAUCAACCAACAGCUGUUGCCUCUGGGCAACAUCUCUGACAAUGUGGACAGAAUCCGAGAGUUAAUCCAGCAGGCCAGAGAUGCUGCCAACAAGGUUGCUGUUCCCAUGAGGUUCAAUGGUAAAUCUGGAGUUGAAGUUCGGCUGUCCAAUGACCUGGAAGAUAUGAAAGGAUACACAUCUCUUUCUUUGUUUCUCCAAAGACCUGAUCCAAGAGAAAAUAGGGGAACAGAGAACAUGUUUGUGAUGUACCUUGGAAAUAAAGAUUCCUCCAAGGACUAUAUUGGUAUGGCAAUUGUCAAUGGCCGACUCACAUGUAUCUACAAUCUGGGAGAUCAGGAGGCUGAACUCCAAGUGGAGCAGAUGUUGACCAAAAGUGAAUCUCAGGAGGCAGUUAUGGACCGGGUGAAAUUUCAAAGAAUUUAUCAGUUUGCAAAGCUUAAUUACACCAGAAAAGCCACAUCUAGUAAAUCAGAAAUGCCUCAAUUUUAUGACAUGGAUAGUGGAAAUAGCAAAACACUCCUGAAUUUGGAUCCUGAAAAUACUGUAUUUUAUGUUGGAGGUUACCCAGAUAAUUUUAAACCUCCCCAUAGAAUACAUUUUCCUCCAUACAAAGGUUGUAUUGAAUUAGAUGACCUCAAUGAAAAUGUGAUAAGCUUGUACAAUUUCAAAUCAGCGAUCAAUCUCAACACAACUGAGGUGGAGCCCUGUAGAAGGAGAAAGGAAGAGUCGGACAAAAAUUACUUUGAAGGUACAGGUUAUGCUCGAGUUCCAACGCAACCAAAUUCCUCUUUCCCAACCUUUGGACAGACAAUUCAAACCACCGUGGACAGAGGUUUGCUGUUCUUUGCAGAGAACCAGGAUCACUUCAUCUCUCUAAAUAUAGAAGAUGGUGUUCUCGUGGUGUGGUACAAACUGAAUUCAGAGCUGCCCAAGAAAAGCAAAUUCAAUGACAUCAUAAAUAAUGGGAAAGAUCAUUCGAUUCUCAUCAAAAUUGGAAAAGUCCAGAAACUUAUGUGGAUAAAUAUGAAUACCAAAAACAUUAAAAUUGAAGCAGAAAUAUUUGAUUUCAACACAUACUAUCUGGGAGGAAUUCCAAUUGCAAUCAGGGAAAGAUUUAACAUCUCAACACCUGCAUUCCGAGGCUGCAUGAAAAAUCUGAAGAAAACAACUGGCGUUGUGAGGUUGAAUGAUACUGUGGGAGUAACCAAAAAAUGCUCAGAAGACUGGCAGCUUGUGCGAUCUGCCUCAUUCGCCAGGGAAGGACAACUGAGUUUCGCCAAUCUAGACACCCCAUUGCCCGACUUUUAUCAGGCAUCUUUUGGAUUUCAGACUUUUCAACCCAGUGGCAUUUUGUUAAAUCAUAGGACAGGGUCAGGUAAUUUGCAGGUCACUUUGGAAGAUGGUCAUAUUGAGCUGAAUACGAGAGAUAGCAGCAAUCCACUCCUCAGAUCUCCACUGACCUACAUGGAUGGAUUACUGCAUUAUGUGACAGUAAUCAGUGAUGGCUCUGGGCUCCGGCUUCUCAUUGAUGACCAGGUUCUGAAAAGCAACCAAAGGCUGCAGGGCUUUUCCAACUCCAAACAGCCCUUACGUCUGGGUGGGAGUAACUUUGAGGGAUGCAUCAGCAAUGUUUUUGUCCAAAGGUUGUCUCAGAGUCCCAUGGUUUUAGAUUUCGUCAACAAAUCUACCAAGAAACAGGUGUCCCUGGGAGGCUGUGAUUUAAACAAACCACCUUUCCUGAUGCUGCUCAAAGGUUCUACAAAGUUUACCAAAGCGAAGACAUUUGAUAUUGAUCAACUGUUACAGGACUCACCAGGAGCCACCUUGAAGAGUGCAGCAAUAUUGAAAGAGGCACAGGCUUGCUCUUCCUCUUCUGGGGCCCUCAGGUUUGGGAGCACUCCCUCCAGCCACAUGCUAUUCACACUGCCACCUGAACUGCAGAACCCCAGGUGGCAGUUUGCAGUAGAUGUGCAGACGGUGUCCCCGAGAGGACUUGUGUUUUCCACAGGCACCACAGACACCCACGUGGCUCUCUAUCUUUCAAAAGGACGGCUGGUCUUCAUGAGGGGCACAGAGGGAAAAAAGAUGAGGCUCAAAAGCAAAGAGAAAUGCAACGAUGGAAAGUGGCAUACGGUGGUGUUUGGGCAAGAUGGAGAAAGGGGGCAGUUGGUUGUGGAUGGUCUAAAGAGCCGAGAGGGAACUUUGCCUGGAAAUUCCACUGUCAGCCUUAGCUCGCCAAUCUACCUGGGAUCACCUCCAGCAAGGAAUCUAAAGGGUCUCCCAGCAAACAGCUUUGUAGGAUGCCUAAGGAACUUCCAACUCAAUUUGAAACCCCUGGAUAAGCCUUCUGCAAGCUUUGGGCUGUCUCCCUGCUUGGGUGGCUCUUUGGAGAAGGGCAUUUAUUUCUCCCAGGAAGGAGGCCAAGUGGUUCUAGCUAACUCCGUGUUCCUGGGGCCAGAAUUUAAGCUUGUCUUCAGCAUUCGCCCAAGAAGUCUCACUGGAAUUCUUGUAUUCAUUGGGACCCAAGCUGGGAAGCACCUGUGUGUGUAUAUGGAGGCAGGAAAGGUCAUAGCAUCUGUAGAGAGUGAAGCUGGUGGCAUUUCAACAUCGGUCACACCAAAACAAUCUCUGUGUGAUGGUCAGUGGCACUCCGUGACAGUUACCAUAAAACAACACAUCUUGCAUCUGGAACUGGACUCAGACAACAGCUACACAGCAGGACAACUCCCCUUCCCACCUGUCAGCACUCAGGAGCCCUUGCACAUUGGAGGUGUCCCAGCUAAUUUGAAGACCCUUAAGAUCCCAGUGUGGAAAUCAUUUUCUGGCUGCCUGAAGAACAUUCAAGUCAACCACACUCCUGUCCCUAUCACUGAGGCCAUGGAAGUCCAGGGGACUGUCAGUCUGAAUGGCUGUCCUGACCAUUAAUGUGGAAGAGUGAGAAAAUUCUCCUCACCAGCACUGAUGUCCAAGAUGCCUCCCUCUCCCCACUCAGGAUCGUUCUUGACUUAAGACACCAUCAAAUAGGUUUCAUUGCAAAUCUAAUUUCUAAUUCCAACCACAUCUAACUAU